AUGAUCAUGUGGAAAGUGACAUGCGCGUUAUUAGAAAUUAUAUGAAAGACUUGCCAAUGGAUAUUGAAAAAAAAUUAUCUUCAUCUUUAGCCGAUGUUAUAAGUUAUGAAAAAAAGAAAGUUAACAAAAGUAAAAUCAAAGGCGAAAUCGGAUUGAACAAAGAACAAGUCAAUGGGAAGAAAUCGAAACGUAAAAUGACUUCUUACCAGGGACAACAAAAACGAGAGAACCAAUUGAACAUAUGGAAGUUUAGUGGUAAAAGACAAUCUGUUCAACAGUUACGUGCAAGUGGAAAUGAAAGGAAUAGGCCGAAAAGACGGGAAACGCGUAUUAUGAUGCAAGAACGGGCACCAGGAGCAAAACGUACGAAUGACUGGAGACAGAAUAAAGUUUCCUUACCAACUACAAAUGGUGUUGAAAAGAAAAGAUUUCAGGCUUCACCUCACAAUGUCAUUCAAAAAAAACGUUCACUAAAGAAUUUAAAAACGUUUUCGAAUACAACAGUACCUUUAGAAUCAUUCGAUUCUUUAACACCUCUUGGGUUAUCCUCUGCUUCGAAGGAGACCUUUCCUACAACGAGUGUGUUAUCAUGGCAUCAAAUGAAUCGAAAAUUAAACCUUGUGGACCAACCGAAAAGUUCUGAGAAUCAAAUGAUUUUUUCACAAUUUCCUACUUGGACAACCUCAAAUGAUUUUGCCUCCUUGCUAAAAAAUUUCAGUUUCCGUUCACCUCAUAAUGUGCCAUGUUUUCAAAACACUAGCUUCACUCCUUUAUCAUUUUCAUCUAAGAAAAUGCUUUCAAAACAACACCUUUUUCCACAAGUGUUACCUAAUCCUUUACAUCAUUUAAAAAGAAAAAAACGAUUCAAUUCUUCCUUCAACACAUCUUUACCCUUUUUAAAGUCAGGCUUUGGUAUUAAUACGCGAAAACCAAUCUCCAGAAACUUGUUUUCCUAAAAGAAGACGUCAAUUUUAUCAAAUCAUUCCAAUUUUUAAAUAACAUUUAAUAGCAUUAAAAUAAGAAAUAUGUUAGGCAGUUAAUUUGAGAACAAGUUGAAGCGAUGAU